UACCAAGCACUGGAAAAUCCUUUCCGUCAUCCGUUCGUGAAAAGUCUCAGUCAGGGACAAAAUCACGUCGGUUUUUUAACAAAAUAUCCGGCCUAUUCGUCGGUUUUUUUGACUUGUAAACAGGAGACAAAGUCAACAAAAUGGUUAAGUUCCUAGAAGUAUUGAAGCCGUUUUGUGCGGUGCUGCCAGAAAUCUCGAAGCCUGAACGAAAGAUCCAAUUCAGAGAGAAAGUACUAUGGACUGCAAUUACGCUGUUCAUCUUCUUGGUGUGCUGCCAGAUUCCUCUGUUCGGUAUCAUGUCGUCCGACUCAGCCGAUCCCUUCUACUGGCUUCGUGUCAUUAUUGCAUCAAACAGAGGUACCUUGAUGGAGUUGGGUAUAUCACCUAUCGUGACAUCAGGUCUGAUCAUGCAACUUCUUGCCGGUGCUAAGAUCAUCGAGGUUGGAGACACCCCCAAAGAUAGAGCACUUUUCAACGGAGCACAAAAACUGUUUGGUAUGAUCAUUACUGUCGGCCAGGCUAUUGUCUAUGUCAUGACAGGAAUGUAUGGUGACCCCGCUGAGAUUGGUGCCGGUAUCUGCCUUGUCAUCAUCAUUCAGUUGUUUGUUGCUGGUCUGAUUGUGCUGUUGCUGGAUGAACUGCUGCAAAAGGGCUAUGGACUCGGGUCUGGUAUCUCCCUCUUCAUCGCUACCAAUGUAUGCGAGACUAUUGUAUGGAGGGCAUUUAGUCCGGCCACCGUCAACACCGGCAGAGGUACUGAGUUUGAGGGUGCCGUCAUUGCCCUUUUCCAUCUGUUGGCCACACGUACCGAUAAGGUUCGCGCUCUCCGUGAAGCUUUCUACAGACAGAACCUGCCUAACCUGAUGAACCUGAUGGCUACCAUCUUGGUGUUUGCUAUUGUCAUCUACUUCCAGGGCUUCCGUGUGGAUCUUCCCAUCAAGUCAGCUCGUUAUCGUGGCCAGUACAGCUCCUACCCCAUCAAGUUGUUCUACACAUCUAAUAUACCCAUCAUUCUACAAAGUACUCUCGUCUCAAACUUAUACGUCAUAUCUCAGAUGAUGGCUGUAAAGUUUAGCGGCAACUUCUUUGUCAAUUUACUCGGUGUUUGGGCGGAAGCGGGCGAUUCGGGGCCGCAUCGAUCGUAUCCUGUAGGGGGACUGUGUUACUACAUGUCCCCACCGGAGAACUUUGGCCACAUGAUGGUCGAUCCCAUACAUGCUGUCUUCUACAUCAUCUUCAUGCUUGGAUCUUGUGCAUUCUUCUCCAAGACGUGGAUUGAUGUGUCUGGCUCCUCCGCUAAGGAUGUCGCUAAGCAACUGAAGGACCAACAGAUGGUGAUGAGAGGUCACAGAGAGAAGUCCAUGAUCCAUGAACUCAACAGGUACAUCCCAACAGCAGCUGCCUUUGGUGGUCUGUGCAUCGGCGCUCUCUCAGUUAUGGCCGAUCUCCUGGGAGCAAUCGGCUCCGGCACGGGUAUCUUACUGGCGGUCACCAUCAUCUACCAAUACUUUGAGAUCUUUGUCAAGGAGCAGAGUGAGAUGGGAGGCAUGGGUAGUUUACUCUUCUAGAUCACAACCAAUCGUCUCACGCCAAUUUUGUUUUGUUUUCCUUUUUUGAAACCAAUGAAAUCCAUACACAAUUUCAUUAUAGACCCCUUGAAUAAGGCGAAACGCUAUAGGACCGCUGAUCUCACGCGCAUGUUUUUUAUGCACAAAGAACAGCCUAUUGUCCAAUCAUUUGCGCUUUUUGUCCCAGUGAGGGUGCUCUUUAAGCGUGGGAUGUCACAAGCGGUCUGCAUCUUAAUAUUGUGAUCACCUCGUUAUCUUGCACGAGAGAGAGGUUCCGUCCAAAGGUGCCAUUACACUGGUUUGUUCGGACAGUGAAAUACACACGUUUGUGCAGUUUCAAGGAGGCGUGGCGUGUAAAAGCUGUUUUUUUCAAAGACAUGUUCGACUGACAUGCUGACUUCAUCUUAAAUGACUGAUGCUUUGUAUGUGCAGCACCUUUCACACAUCAUUGGUUCUUCGGAAGAGUAAAUUUGGGGUGAACUAUUUAUGAGACAGCGACUCGGCUACCAAGGUACAUUUUAGAAAGUUACUGAAUGUUGAAUGUAGCUGUUCUAAUUUGUUGACACUGACUAAAUUCAGAGAGUGUGUUUGUUAGCAACUUUGAUGGCAUCACAGUUCCCACUCUGCAGUUUUUGAACUUCAGACUUCGACAUUUCCUGUAAAAUGAAAGCUGUAUUUUGUGGCAGUGUAUUUUUUUUAAUAUGAAAAUACAGUUCCCCCAUUUGCCUAUAAAGAUGAGUCUUAAACAUUUUAAGAUGCAGGUAUUUGACAGCAUUAUUAGGUCACUAUUAUAACAAAUUUCAAUGAAAUGACUGUCUGCUCAAACUUUUGUUUAAUUUUUCCUUUUUUUCCCCUUUUCCCCUUUUCUUUAUAGUAGUGUUGGUUAAGGCUUUAAUAAACAAAAAUGGUUAGUUUAUUGCAGCUUUUGUUUGUAGUUCUUUUAGAGAAAAUUUAUGUGUUAAAUCAAACCCACAGCUAAGUUUAAGUGCUUGAUUUUUUUCUGAUUUAUCUUGAACCAGUCAAUGAACUAACACCAUCAAAUGUUCAUUAAAACUGGGCUUUUACUGCCGGUACAUUUUGUAUUAGGCUGCUAGGUUUAAUAUACGUUUUGCUAAAAAUUGAACAUUUUGAAACAGAUUUGGUCGAGUUUUUUGUUUUAAUGAAAAACCUCUUUCUGAAACUGACCCCUUGCUUAGUGUAUUGUAAAUUGAAGUCCCUAGUGGAAUUUGAAAAAAAUUGUUGUAGAAUUAGAAAAUAAUUGGUAGUUUCUUCAAAAGGAUUAAAUUAUUGAGAAAUUCCCUUUGUACAGACUUGCUCCAAGAAAGAGAGAACAAAAAGAACCAUUCAGCGAAAGUAGAAAUUUACUUAAUAUAAUUUAUGUGUUUACAACCUUGUUUUUUGAUCGUUUUGUUUUUACUAAAAGGGAACAAAUCCCUUAAAAUGAUAAUUUCCUAUCCAGACUCCUUAAUGGUGGUUUCUGUCUGUGCGCUUUUGAAAAUCAUUUUGUGCUUCGAAAUUCAGACAUUUCUAAAUUAGAGCACAAAUGGUUUUGAAAAUGCGCAGCCUUCAUUUGAAGUUUUCCUGGACAACUGUACCAGUGUUUAAUUGGUCAGAAUUGGUUAACGCCAGUGAAAUACUUCCCCCCACAACAUUUCGGCAUACAUUGGUUAUGCUACGGAUUACCAUCUUCAAUAUUUCCUGUGGUUUUAUUUGUAUGUGCUCAUUCGACUUUACUCACAUUUGUAAUGUAACAAAGUCGCGAAUAAAAUCGGACGGACGGAAAACGAA